UCUGCGGAUAUUUGUUCUUCACUAGCUUAGGAAACUUUCGGAUAUAUAAAGGCCUCCAAAGGCCUGUGCUAUACAUUCACAAUCGUUUCCAAGCAGAACAAUGAAGCUAACCACCUAUCUACUGGCACUGGUCCUGUUCGCCGGAUUCUUCCUGCUGCAGCCUUCCUCCGCCCAGACGAACUCCACCACAUCCACCAACACCACAACCACGGAGGCAACCACUUCGACGACCUCGACCACGCCCAAGACAGUUCAUAGGAAACAUUUCACGAUCACUAAUCUUAAAUAUAGAACUGUGCGCAAGAUUCGAGUUAACAAGAAAAAGUCUGGUUAA